UUUAUCUACUCUGUUUCAAAAAGCCAACUGCUUCUUCAAUCAUAUUGCAUAUAAGACUUUCCCACUGGAUUUCAGCUCCACCAUCCUCUUCUUUUUCCAUGCAUGCCUUUAUCCUUCUCUUGUGUUGUGGCUUGUUGGUCACCUUUGUUGCUGGCGGGAAUAAUGAGACAGACCGGUUAGCAUUGCUUGAGUUCAAAGCGAAGAUCGCUGAUGAUCCUCUCCAGGUUAUGAGCUCUUGGAAUGACAGCAUCCACUUUUGCCAAUGGCGAGGGGUCACCUGUGGUCGCCGACAUCAGAGGGUCACCGUAUUGAAUUUGCCAUCUUCGAAACUGGUAGGCUCCAUAUCACCACAUAUUGGAAAUUUAAGUUUUUUGAGGCAAAUAACCCUCCAAAACAACAGCUUGCAUAAUGAAAUCCCUCUUGAAAUUGGUUAUUUGCAUAGAUUGCAAGUCUUACGAUUGAACCAUAACUCAAUCAGUGGUAAAAUUCCUAGCAAUUUAUCCAGUUGCGCCAAUCUCAAAACUCUUCUUGUCAAAGCUCCAAUCCUUUUUUAUAGUUAACAAUAAAAUGACUGGAGGUAUCCCACCUUCUUUCGAGAACUUAUCUUCUCUAGACGCCUUUGUAGCAUCUGAUAAUAACUUAGGUGGGAUUAUCCCUACAUUUUUUGGUCAAUUGACCAAACUUACAUUAUUUAGUGUGCCUGGAAAUAGGUUUUCUGGUACAAUUCCUCCCUCAAUAUCCAAUCUCUCUUCAUUGAUACUAUUUGAUAUAGCAGACAACCAAAUCCAGGGACAUCUUCCAACAUACAUAGAUUUCACCCUACAAAAUAUGGAAGUAUUUAUUAUUGCAAACAACCAAUUUACUGGAUCUAUCCCUCUUGCAAUAUAUAAUGCCUCAAAUUUAGGGAUAUUUCAAUUGAGUCUAAAUGAGCUAAGUGGAAAAGUUCAUUCUUUGGAAAAGCUAAAUAGAAUUUCCUCUUUUUUAAUUAGCGUUAACAAUUUUGGAAAUGGAGGUGAGAACGACUUGAGUUUUCUUUGUUCUUUGACAAAUUCCACCUAUUUGAAUGAGUUGGAGAUAAGUUUCAAUAACUUUGGGGGAAAGUUGCCUAAGUGCAUUGGAAAUUUCUCAACUACUCUUAUCUAUUUAACUCUAGAUAAUAAUAAAAUAUAUGGAAAGAUUCCUGUUGAAAUUGGAAACAUGAUCAACUUGGAGAGACUUAGCAUGUGGAACAACAAACUAUCAGGUAAUAUUCCCUCUGAAAUUGGACAGCUUCAAAAGUUAAAAGUCUUGGAAUUACAUGCAAACAAUUUCUUUGGGAACAUUCCGUCCUCUCUUGGAAAUUUAACGGUCUUGAUGAACUUGUAUUUACUUGAUAAUAAUCUUGAUGGAAACAUCCCGUUAAGUCUAAGCAAGUGCAAAGACUUGUUUUCUUUGAAUCUUGCUAAUAACAAUCUCAAUGGUUCAAUAUCUCCACAAGUCAUUGCUCUCUCAUUCUCAACAACUUUUCUUGAUUUGUCUGCCAACCAAUUUACUGGAGCCCUUCCGAUGGAAAUAGGAAAUUUUAAGAAUCUUGAAUAUCUGGAUAUUUCUGAAAACAAGUUUUUUGGUAAAAUUCCAACAAGUCUUGGUAGUUGUGUAAAGCUCGAAACUCUAGCCAUGGGCGAAAACCUCUUCCAAGGAAUUGUUCCGUUUUCUUUGGAAUCAUUAAGAGGUCUUGAAAAUCUUGAUCUCUCCAACAAUAAUUUGUCAGGACAGAUUCCAAAGUUUCUGGAGCUCUUUGUCUACUUGCAAUUUUUGAAUCUAUCUUACAACAAUUUUGAGGGUGAGGUACCAACAGUUGGAGUUUUUAAGAACGGAAGUGCAACUUUCAUUAAGGGUAAUAGUAAGCUUUGUGGGGGUAUACCUAAGUUUCAGCUUCCGAAAUGUAAAUACCAAAAAUCUAAGAAGAGAAAGUUGACCCUCACCUUUAAGUUAAUAUUCUCUAUAUCUUCUGGGCUUCUAGGAGUAACUUUGGUUCUGUCACUUCUAUUUCUUUCCUCUUUAAGAAAGAAAAGAAAAGAAAAUACUUCAAGUGACUCGGUGAAUUUGCUUUUGAAUCUAUCUUACCAAAAUCUCCUUAAAGCAACUGAUGGGUUCUCUUCUACCAAUUUAAUUGGUGUGGGUAACUUUGGAUCUGUGUAUAAAGGAAUUCUUGAUCAAGGUAGAGGUAGACAUACAAUUGCUGUCAAGGUGCUCAACCUUUUGCACCAUGGAGCUUCUAAAAGUUUCAUGGCCGAGUGUGAGGCUCUGCAAAACAUUAGACAUCGAAAUAUUGUAAAGGUUCUUACAUCAUGUUCUAGUAUUGACCAUCAAGGUAAUGAUUUUAAAGCAUUGGUAUAUGAGUUCAUGGCAAAUGGCAACCUAGAUGAAUGGCUGCAUCCAACACUAAGAACAGACGAGACUCUUGAGGAACCAAGGAAUUUGAGUCUUCUUCAGAGAUUAGAUAUUGCCAUUGAUGUUGCUAAUGCAUUGGAUUAUCUUCAUCAUCAUUGCCAUACACCAAUCAUCCACUGUGACCUCAAGCCUAGCAAUGUUCUUCUUGAUGAUGAAAUGGUUGGACAUGUAGGUGACUUUGGCUUGGCAAGAUUGCUUUUUGAUGCUACCCAAGAUUGUUCUAUUCACCAAUCAAGCUCCAUUGGAGUAAGAGGCACAAUUGGUUAUACUCCUCCAGAGUAUGGUUUGGGAAAUAACGUGUCAACAUAUGGUGAUAUCUAUAGUUAUGGCAUAUUAUUAUUAGAGAUGUUCACGGGAAAAAGGCCUACUGAUGAUAUUUUUCAAGAUAACUUAAACCUCCACGACUUUGUUAAAGCAAUUUUGCCAGAACAGAUAAUUGACAUUAUAGAUCCUAUCCUUCUGCAUGUGCAUGAAAGAGAAGGAGAGACGCGUACAAACAACAUUACUCGCAAUGAGGGUCAAAAUGGAAAUGUAACAAGUCAAGAAUGCUUGAUUAUGAUUUUCAAAAUUGGGGUUGCUUGUUCGGUUGAAUUUCCAAGAGAAAGGAUGAGCAUGAGUGCUAUUAUAAUUGAGCUACAUUCAAUUCGACAAAAACUUCUUGGAACUAAUAGACGCAGACAAAGGCUACAAUCCACAGAUAAUAUAUUGUUUGCCUUUGUGUAUAUGUUAUAAUUUGGUAGCACCCCACACUUCAUGAUAUAAUAUGAUAAGGCUAGUCCAAAUAUUUUAAGGGAAGAAGGUGUCACUAAUCAUAUAGCUCAUUAUGUUGCAUUCAGUUGGGGAAUAUGCCCAAUUACUUUUUUAUAAUACCAAAACACA